GGGAAAACUGAGGUGGUGAAAUGUCACGCAAUGAGAGAAAUCCAUCUCAUUCAAAAGGUGCCUCUUUGUUGAGCAGUAAUGGGAUGUUCCAGCCCAGUGCCUGUGCGUUUUCCCAGUCCCGGGCUGUCGCUUUAAGACAACGAUAGCUUUGUGUCUGAUUAAUUCAAUGUACGGCAACGCGUUAGUGGAGAAACCUUAUUAGACAAGCUGCCACACACACAGAGAGAGAGAGAGAGAGACAGACAGACAGACAGAGGAGAGAGGAGAGGACCACUGAAAGCUUUAGAAAACACACCUGAAGUUAUUAUUAGUAAACCGUGGGUGUUAUUAAGAUGAAGACAUCUUGAGGAUGGCUCGUUUGGAAUAAAAGUCUGCAUCGCCGCGCACGACAGGAGGGGAUUUUUUUUUUUCUCCCACCACUAGCUGGAGUAAAAAUACAUCCGAUCACAGGAGGAGGACAGAAGAUCGGAAGGCAUGUCGUCGGAAAAACACGGUCUCGAUGACUCUGGCCGUCAGACCAUGCAGCCUCCUCCGUAUCUCCCCGGCCCACAAGACCCCAACGUACCCCAACACCCCAACAUGGCUCCCGCGCCGGGCACCCAGCCCAACUAUCCUCCGCCACCUCCACCUCCAGGCUCAGAAGGCUACCUCCAAGAGACGCAGUUCCACUGCAGCCCACUGGGACCCCCGGGGGCCCAGCAGGGCUACACAGUCCAGACCCAGGGACCCGGAGGCACCAUGCCUCAUCCUCCCGUAGGAUACCUCCACCCGGGCUACCCGCUUCAGCUGCAGCCCUGCACAGCUUACGUACCCGUCUAUCCCAUGCCAUCGGGUCAGCCCUACAUGCCGGCCGGGGGAGGCCACCCAGGCAUCCCACCGGGGCAGAUUCAUCCCAUGCAAAUGCCGCCCAGCAUCACCCUAAUGGACCGCCGACCGCCACACGACUACCUGCCCAUCGCCGUGCUCACCACCGUCUGCUGCUUCUGGCCUACAGGCAUCAUUGCGAUCAUCAAGGCAGUGCAGGUGCGUACGGCGAUAGCCAGAGGGGACAUGGUGACAGCGGAAAUAGCCUCCCGUGAGGCACGCAACUUCUCCUUCAUCAGCCUGGCUGUUGGCAUCGCCUCCAUCGUGCUGUGCACCAUCCUCACCGUGGUAGUCAUCAUCGCCUCGCAGCACCACGACGACGACUGGGAGCCAUAACUACACGCGGCGUCAGACAGAUGGGAAAUCACGGCAUAUAUUAGCUAGCUAACUACUCUUGAUCGGGCGGAGGAAAUAGGAGCACUGAUAAUGUACUCAAACUGCUACUGCUUGCUGAACACACCGGGUCUGCACGCUGGCCCUCUGUGUACAUUUACACACACAGCUGUGAAAUAACCUGCUGCCAUCAAACACACACCGACGACCAAAAACAACCAAUCACAGCUGAUGUCCAAAUGCCAAAUGCAAGCAGCUAUCAAAUGAGGCCCAGUAUUGCUGUUAACACAGCGACCAUCUUAAUAUUUACACUCAGAUAUGAGCUGCAGGAGGGGUACAAAGCUCCUUGCAUUAACAAUUCAUUUGACACUGAUUAAUUCAUAGUGAUGUAGUUAAAUGAGAGGAUAGGUCACUUUGUGUUUCAGUUUCAAAUAUUCCAAAUGACCAAACAGACCCACGCAGUAGUUGUAAUUAGAGGCAACAUAAUCAAAGAGUUUUUUUAGGAUAGUGAAAUGCACAUUUUAAUUAUAAAAGUAUACGUGUGUUUUCCUCUUUUGAAACUGUGCCAUGUUGAAACAGUGUGCUACUAUUGAUUUACAGAAUAGUAUUAUUGCUGGUGCACUUGCAUAAGAGACUGUCAAACUGAUUUAAAGUGUUAGAGGGGGGUGAUCAAUACACAUUUAACACACCAAAUGGAGACUGACAAAGUGACUGUCUAACAUAACCAAACACGAGAGUAUUUAUUUGAGAUUGGUUGUGUCUAUCAUAACUUAUGUAUGACAUGUUUAUUUAUUUAAAAAAUCUGUUAUUUAUUAAUUUAUUCUAUAUCUACCCAUGUACUGACUUUGUCUGCUAUGAUUUACAGUAUAUCACUAGUUAACACUUUGAAAUUGGCUUAAAUUUGAUAUCUUAUGAUGAUGAUAUUGCACUUUGUAGUAACCGGAUGAGAUGACGCAGCUGCUUACAUUCAUAGUUCUUAUAGUGCAUGAUAAAAAUGAAUUCGUUUUGAGGCUAAUGGGCUUUUAGUGCAAAAAUAGCUUAUCUCCCAGCUGUUGGUGGGAGAAUUUCCUAAAAUUUCUAGAAGUGUGUGCUACAGUAUUUUUCAAAAAUGUUAAACAAGCUCAUGUCAAAACAAGAAAAUGAGACACUUUAGAUGAUAAGUAUUUGAACUUUGGGUUUAAAUAGGUUUGCAAAUGUUGUUUUCGCAAGUACUUUAGAAGUGUAUUGGGCUAUUUUGUGUUGCACAUCUCUUAGCUAUUUAAUCUCAGACACUGUAUAUGAAACUUUAGCGCAAUGUUAGACUUAUGAGGCAACAUAACCCCUGCAUGUCAUCCUCAGUUUGUUUCCAUUUGUCUUAAAUAUUGAGGCUAGAUGUGCAACUGUGAGCUCCUACAGUAUAUUUCACUGUUGUUCUACUGUACAACGAGUCAGGGUUUCCUUCAAUAUGAGUAGGGUUUCCAUAAUGUAGCGUUGAGCGGGAGCACUGUUGUUUUGUAAGUGGCUGUAACAUUAACAGUAUGAACUGCAGUUGUGGAAAAACUGAAAAUGAAUGUUUCAAAUAGAAGAGAGAGAGAAAAAAAAAAUCAAUGCCUAUACUGUAUUGUAGCACUUUCCUCUCUGUGAAAUCUUUCUCCCCUGAUCCUCUUUCUCUCUCUUUCUGUCUUUCUCCUGUCCACAUGAAUAAUUGGACCUAUCAACAUAUCUCUUCUGCCCCCCCCCCCCCC